UACUACAAUAAACAUUUUACAAUGGUAAAAAAAUAAUAAGUAAAAGCAUAGCUUUAAUGUUAUACUCGUCCAAUCAUUAAUGACUAUAAUUAAAGGGUUAUAUCAUAAUAAGUCAUCAUUAAUUGCCCUCAUUAGCUCCAGAUGCCCGUGUUGGGUAUAUAAGGACAUUAGACCAACCCUUUCCACCAUUCUUCCUUCAAUCCUUGAAGCGAAAGGUGCUAUUAGUCGUUUUCUAUUAUCGUUUUGAUAAUCCUAACCCAUUUCUAAUCAUGAACUCGUCGAACUGGAAAGCGUACCGUUUGGCCAACCAGCAGGCGUCCGCUAGCGACAAGAGCGGUCGGCCAAACGGGCAGCGGACCGGUCCGCACUCCACCCGCCACCAGGGCCCAAGGACUCAGAACCAACGGGUUCUGAGGGCUCUGGGCAUGACCUCCGCCAUUUCUUCAGCCGAUCCGAAGCCAGUGGACUUCGUGAAGACCAACGAGCUGAAGGAAUGUCUCGUGACAUUCAACGUGUUCGAGCCCGAAGCAGAGACCUUCCAUCGCAUGGAGGUGCUCGGGUCUCUGAACCGUCUGGCGAAGCAGUGGCUCCAAGAGGAGCUGCUGCGAAGGAACGUGCCAACGAAUGUCGACGAGACUGGUGGAGGAAACAUCUUCACCUUCGGCUCCUAUCGCCUCGGGGUACGUAGUCUUUCCUAUAUCAACUCAGUAGAUACCUGACCAAA